GAGGCUUUUCCAUUUUAAAUUGCUUCCGUGUUUACCUCUCGACCUCCGAAAGCCAAACAACAUCAAACAAACCUCGUCUUAAUUCCUCCUCCUCUUCCUUCCUUCCUUCCACCUAUGUUAAUGGGUGAGUAAUUUACCUGUGGUGAGACAUGCCGAUGUCGACUAGAAUUGCUUCCGUCCUCCUCCUCCUCCUCCUUUCUUCCAUGUUCGCAGGAGUUCUCCCGCACAAGAGCAAAGACAUCAUCGAUGGCCCCUUGAUCACUUCCAAGAUCAAAACCAAUAGGACCAUCCUUGUGGGUCCUUCCGAGGAAUUCAAGACGGUGCAGGCCGCCGUUGAUGCGGUCCCCAUGGGUAACUCAGAUUGGAUCAUCGUCCAUUGCAGGUCUGGCAUCUACAGAGAGAAAGUGGUGAUCCCGAAGGAGAAGCAGUAUAUAUUCCUCAGAGGAAAUGGAAAAGGAAGGACCGCAAUCGUGUGGGAUGAUAGCUCAACCAAUAACACUCUCUCUGCGACCUUCACUGUUUGGGCUGAUAACUUCGUUGCCUUUGGCAUUAGCUUCAAGAAUGAUGCCCUCAUCGCCGUUGCCGACGCUCCACAUAACCAGUCAGUCGCAACCAUGGUGGCCGGAGAUAAGGUAGCAUUCUACCAUUGCGCCUUCUACAGCCCACACAAUACCCUGUUCGACUACAAGGGUCGGCACUACUACGAGAGUAGCUACAUCCAAGGCAACAUCGAUUUCAUCUUCGGCCGUGGGCAGUCUAUAUUCCAGAGUUGUGAGAUCUUUGUGCUGCAUGACAAGAGAAUCAAGAUACUUGGCUCCAUCACUGCUCAGAACAGGCCGUCUUCAGAUGACAGCAGUGGCUUUGUCUUCCUCAAAGGCAAGGUGUACGGGGUGGGAGACGCGUAUCUUGGUCGAGCAAAGGGGCCUCACUCUCGUGUCAUCUUUGCUAAAAGUUAUCUCUCCAGGACCGUCACAGCUGCAGGGUGGACUAAUUGGAGUUAUGAUGGCAGCACAGACAAUUUACUGUACGGAGAGUACGACUGUCGUGGUCCGGGGAGCAACACAACUCUUCGAGUUCCUUGGUCGAAGCAACUCAACGAAGAAGAGGCUUCACCUUUCAUCACCAUAGACUUCAUCGAUGGCAAGGAAUGGUUACCAGUAUACUACUAGAAAUGCUGCUCCUCUGCACUACUGUAAUAAAGCUUUAAGCGUUGCGAUUACUAUGGUUUGGUUGUACUAAGACCCAGCAAGUACACUGUUCCUCCUCCGUGAAUUCUCCGAGGAGGAGGAUCUAUUAAACCUGGACAUUAGUCAUUCAGUCUCCAUCAAACUCAAUGCUACCCCUGCCUCGAGAGUUGUUUUUUGGCUUCAAGGUGACUUCCGUAAGACCUCUCGUGCACAUAUCUUCCCAGACCUCGACGGAGGUUGUGCAGGUAGGGCCACGAGAAAGAUGUUUUUGUGAAGGUGGCCAUUGGUGAUGCCUUUCCUUCCCUUCCC